AUGGAGAAAGGUGGGAACAUACAACUGGAGAUCCCGGACUUCAGCAACUCUGUCCUGAGCCAUCUAAACCAGCUGCGCAUGCAGGGCCGUCUCUGUGAUAUUGUGGUCAAUGUGCAAGGACAGGCUUUUCGGGCGCACAAAGUGGUACUGGCUGCCAGCUCACCCUAUUUCCGGGAUCACAUGUCCUUAAACGAGAUGAGUACUGUCUCCAUUUCGGUCAUCAAGAACCCUAGUGUUUUUGAACAGCUCCUCUCCUUCUGUUACACGGGGCGGAUAUGCCUGCAGCUGGCAGAUAUCAUCAGCUACCUGACGGCCGCCAGUUUCCUGCAGAUGCAGCAUAUCAUCGACAAAUGUACACAGAUCCUGGAGGGCAUUCAUUUCAAAAUCAAUGUGGCAGAGGUUGAAGCCGAAUUAAGUCAGACGAGGACAAAGCAUCCAGAAAGACCUCCAGAAUCUCACAGGGUUACACCAACUCUAAACCGUUCCCUUAGCCCGCGGCCCAAUACCGCAAAGGGAAACCGGCGAGGUCAGGUUAGCGCUGUGUUGGAUAUCAGGGAGCUCAGUCCUCCGGAGGAGUCCACCAGCCCUCAGAUAAUUGAACCGAGUUCUGAUGUAGAGAGCCGGGAGCCCAUCCUUCGAAUCAACCGAGCAGGACAGUGGUACGUGGAGACGGGAGUAGCAGACCGAGGGGCCCGCAGUGAUGACGAAGUCAGGGUCCUUGGAGCAGUGCACAUCAAAACUGAGAAUCUGGAGGAGUGGCUCGGGCCUGAGAAUCAGCCUUCCGGAGAAGAUGGGAGUAGUGCCGAGGAAGUCACAGCUAUGGUGAUCGACACCACAGGCCAUGGUUCUGUGGGACAGGAAAAUUACCCUUUAGGAUCUUCGGGAACCAAGGUGGCCCGGCCAACAAGCAGUGAAAUUGACAGAUUUAGCCCCUCCGGCAGUGUUGUUCCCUUGACGGAGAGACACAGAGCCAGAAGUGAGUCUCCUGGGAGAAUGGAUGAGCCUAAGCAGCCCAGCUCCCAGGUCGAAGAGUCUGCAGUGAUGGGAGUAAGUGGCUAUGUGGAGUAUCUCCGAGAGCAAGAAGUAUCUGAGCGGUGGUUCCGGUACAACCCCCGUCUCACCUGCAUCUACUGCGCCAAAUCUUUCAACCAGAAGGGGAGCCUGGACCGCCACAUGCGCCUGCACAUGGGGAUCACGCCGUUCGUCUGCCGCAUGUGUGGCAAGAAGUACACCCGGAAAGAUCAGCUGGAGUAUCACAUCCGCAAGCACACAGGCAACAAACCCUUCCACUGUCAUGUAUGUGGCAAAAGUUUCCCCUUCCAGGCCAUCUUGAAUCAGCACUUUCGCAAAAAUCACCCUGGCUGCAUACCCCUGGAGGGGCCUCACAGCAUCUCCCCGGAAACAACUGUCACAUCUCGAGGACAAGCUGAGGAAGAGUCACCUUCCCAAGAAGAGACAGUUGCUCCUGGGGAAACUGCCCAGGGCUCUGUGUCCACCACUGGGCCAGAUUGAAACAUCGAGGGGGAGGGGGCAGACCCUCUUCCCCUUUGGGCCGUCAGCAGCCAGCAUCAGGGCCGUGGGCUGGUACUUAGAUUUACAAAAUGCCACAUCACUAGAUCGGAAGAUGCUCCCAAGAUGUUGCCAAACUAGAGGAUCAGCAACAUACACAGAAGCACUAGAGGCUCUUCCCCUCCUCCUUCCCACCUCAUACUUUGGAAAAUAAUCAAGCAAAUCAACUUUCUAAUUCAGGGAUCAACAGCCUUGGUUUGUUAACUUUAUAAGAAAAAAAUUUUUUAA